AUGGCUUUCUGUAAAAACCACCCGCCGAAGUUCAGUGGGGACUAUGAUCCAGAAGGUGCUAGGUUGUGGUUAGCUGAGACUGAGGCGAUUUUCGAGGCGAUGGGUUGCCUCGAGGAGCAUAAGGUUCCUUAUGCGACGUUCAUGCUCCAAGGAGAAGCUGAGAACUGGUGGAAGUUCGUGAACCCUACAUUAGCAGCACCUGGAGGCAUGAUUCCUUGGAAUGCCUUCAAGGACAAAUUCCUAGACAAUUAUUUUCCACGAGAUCUCAGGAAGCGAAAAGCGAGAGAAUUUCUGGAUUUGAAGCAGGGAAACAUGUUCGUUGGAGAAUACACGGCCAAAUUUAAUGAACUUCUACAGUAUUGGCCGCAAUACCAAGAUGCUCGGAACGAAGAAGACUUAUGUGCUCAGUUUGAGAAUGGGCUUCGACUGGAGAUUCAACAGGCAGUUAGCUACAUGCAGAUCAUAGAUUUCAAUCAACUGGUGACAAAGUGUUGA